AAACAUGAAGAAAGAAUAGCCUCCAUUCUCUCUCUCUCUCUCCCUCACUGUUCAGGGCUGUCUCUCUCACACAACAUAAAGGCAACGUUCACAGCUAAAAACUUGCAAUUCAUGGCAUGGAGGAGUCAGCGGGCAGCUGCCGCCCUCUGAUCUGUGUGAGGUUAGGUGGAUGAGCAGCAGAUCAUGGUCUGAACUCAGUUCUCAUCGAGCCGAAGCAAAGUCUCGAUCGUCUAGCUGCUCGAGUGUUGUCCUCAAUUUUUUUUUCUUCCCUGUCUUCUCUCUCUUCUUCUCCUCGGUGAAAUCUGACACAACAUCAGCGGCUUCUCUCUCUAGUUCGGAUGGCAGAUUCGGGCUAAAUCUCCUGCGUGUUUUCGCAGUCAAACAGUAUCAAGAAAAACAUUCAGCUCAUACUGCAGCGUUUCAGAUGCCUUCAACUUUGAGCGAGAGGGACAACCCCUAAACCCCGGUUUUUACACGAGGGACAGACACACAGACAUCUCCGUUAUCUACCACUUUAUGAAAAGGACGCGUCGCGGUAAAAGGUGAUCGGGGAACUGACGGGAACCAUGGCAGCUACUUUAUCGGCGGAUGAAGAACAGGCUACCAGGCAGUUUCUGGAGGAAAUCAACAAGUGGACCAGUCAGCAUGGAGUGUCACCACUGUCCAGGGAAUUGGCCGUCAAGUUCCUCAUGGCUCGCAAGUUUGAUGUCCUUCGAGCCAUCGAGCUAUUCCACAGCUACAGGGAAACACGUCUUAAAGAAGGAAUCGUCAGACUUCAGCCCCAGGAGGAACCUCUGCGCUCAGAGCUGCUUAGUGGAAAGUUUACUGUUCUUAGUGUACGGGACCCUUCAGGGGCCUCCAUCGCCUUGUACACGGCUAAACUUCACCACCCCAACAAGACAGGCAACCACGUGGUGCUUCAGGCCCUCUUCUACCUUCUUGAUCGAGCUGUGGAAAGCUUUGAGACCCAGAGGAACGGCUUGGUGUUCAUCUACGACAUGGCGGGCUCCAACUACACAAACUUUGAGCUGGACCUGAGCAAGAAGAUCCUCAACUUGCUCAAGGGGGCGUUCCCUGCCAGGCUGAAGAAGGUGUUGAUUGUUGGUGCCCCUGUUUGGUUUCGAGUGCCCUACAAUCUGCUCAGCCUGCUUCUCAAGGAGAAACUGAGGGAGAGGGUUCAGAUGGUAAAGAUGGCCGAGCUGCGCCAGCACCUCCCCAGGGACUGUCUCCCCCAGCACCUCGGUGGCCUGCUGCCUCUGGACGCCUACAGCUGGAACCAGCAGCUGUUGGCGGGCCAGAACGGCAGAGUAGACCCUGUGGACGAGCUGGUGGGCAUCCCUCUGGAAGACACUUCCAUUCACACCCCCGGACCCGAAUCCAUGCGUCCGCAGGAGCUGCUGGCGCACCUCGGCAGGCUUCAGCGCUCAGGCAUCCAUCAGGAGUAUGAGGAGCUCCGCAGAGAACCGCCGCCUGGAACCUUCCACUGUGCACAAGCAGCCUAUAAUCAGGAGAGAAAUCGUUAUGGAGACGUGCUGUGCCUUGAUCAAACAAGAGUUCGUUUGAAACCCAGAAGGAACGAGAGAUCAGACUACAUUAAUGCAAGCUUCAUGGAUGGCUACAAACAGAAGAAUGCAUACAUUGGUACUCAAGGACCACUGGAAAAGACCUACAGUGAUUUCUGGAGAAUGGUUUGGGAACAAAAUGUGCUUGUUAUCGUCAUGACAACCAGGACAGACGAGGGCAGUCGGAGGAAAUGCGGACAGUACUGGCCACUGGAGGAAGGGGGACAGGAGGUCUACGGCCAUAUGGCCGUGGUGAACCAAAGGGUGGACCAUCACACCCACUACAACCACACAACCCUCGAACUGCACAACACUGAGACAUGUGAACAGAGACAAGUGAGUCAUUUCCAGUACCUCAGCUGGCCUGAUUACGGCGUUCCCACCUCAGCUGUGACUCUCAUUGACUUCCUGGGAGCUGUGAAGAGACAACAGAGGAAAAUGGUGAGGGCUUUGGGGCUUCAGUGGGCAGGCCACCCACUGGGACCCCCGAUGGUGGUCCAUUGCAGCGCAGGGAUUGGGAGAACAGGUACCUUCUGUGCCCUGGACAUCUGUCUGUCCCAGCUACAGGACGUAGGCUCGCUAAACGUGUGCCAGACGGUGCGACGCAUGAGAUCACAGAGAGCCUUCAGCAUUCAAACCCCGGACCAGUACUACUUCUGCUACAAUGCCAUUUUGGAGCACGCCCAAAGACAGGGCCUGCUCCCAGCCAAUCAAUGAGCUUCAGCCCUGACAUCCCAAACCGAUCCAUGAGCCCUGAGAUUUCUGCAGUCAAUCUGUUAACCCCAAGCCAUGUUGUGUGACCAAUUAGUGAAUCCAGGAAAAGUAACUUCCUUGCAGAGGCUGUCAUUUAAAACUAGGCCAUUCCUCAUUGCCAGACCAAGACAAGACAGCAACAAUAAAAGGCUUGAGUGCUGACAUUAUGAUGUUUCAGUGUGAUAACAUUCUGGCUGCCAACAAUGUGACAUUUUGUUUUUUGCUGAACAUAUCUCAGAAAAUACGUGGCUGAGUGAACACACUGCUCCAGUGUUGUGCAGUUUUGUGGUCAGGGACAUUGGGUGAAAUGAUCGAGGUAAUGUUCACUGACCUUUUGUUUAUUUAUGUGCCACUUUAAACCAGUGUUUUAGGGACCUAAUUAAAGGAGUAAUUCCCCCCAAAAUUACAAAGCAGUCAUCGUCCCCUCAUCCCAUACAUCAUUUAAAACUCCACCGAAGUUUUUUGGGACUGCAAAACAAUGAAUUUGACAUUUAAUUAUGUUUCAGUCAAAUUCUCCUUAAAGGCCACAUUACUUUUCAUUUUACAACUGCUGUAGAAAAGUUCAAAAGUUUUUUGUAGCCAAAUAACUCCCAUAGGCAAAACUAUGUUUAAAUAAUUUGAAAUAAUUUUGGUCAGAUGUAUGAGCACAAAGGUAAAUUGAAUCAUUUUGAUCAUCACAGCUAAGACAGGACUACAGCAGGUAAGGUUAUGCUUUUUAUGAACAAAUUUUAUUCAUUGGAAUUGACCAGCUAGAUCUAAGAUGACACACUUUUAAUUUUAGGGUGAAAUGAUCCUUUAAUGAAGCACACAAUUUUUAUUCCAAAUAGGGAGCUUAAGCACCACUCUCAAGCAACAAUAAUAGGGUCUGUUUUGCAUCUCCUGUGUCCGGUAAAUAUUGCGUUCACCGCAGUGGACUUGUAGCACAUGGUUGCAUACAGUAGAUGGUACGAGCCAGUUCUGCAUCGUCUCAGGAGCGUCAUACUGAACACAGGGAGGUGAAGCUGCCCAGCUUGUUGCCAAAAAAACAAAAACAAUUUAAUCGGAACGUCUUUUGCCAAGAGGUUGCUGUAUUUCUUUGAGGUUGCAUGAUGCAUUCUCCUCUGCUUUAGCUAACAUCACUGAAUGGCAGUAAGGAGGAGGCAAAGCACAUCCAAAACUCAUCAGGCUGUAAACUGGCUGUUACAUCCUGUCUGUGAUCACUCAUUAAACUGCUGUCCAUGUGAAUUCCUCUUUUUUGUUUUGUUUUUCCGAUGUAUCCACUGAAACCCUGAUACCUUCCAUCUCACCUAAAUAUUGAGAUUUCCUGACUUGCAGCACAGACAGUGACCGCUGUCUAUUGCCGGCCUUUGCUCACUCGCAGUGCCAUCAUGCUUUAGUGAUUGUGGGAAUGUAUUGCUAAAUCACACCCACACAUGCACACACAUACACAUGCACACUUGUUUAGAGCAGUCCAUGCUGCAGUGACUAAGCCAUUGAAGCAUACAUCUGUGUAAGUCAUCAGUCAAGACCUCAUGAGUAGUGCAAUACUUUUGUUUUCUUUUUUUUACACAAAUCAUGUCUUAGCACUUUUAAAUAACUAUUCCCAAUGUGCUCUGAGAUUAGUCAUUACAGCGAUAGGAUGGGAUGACAAAUAAAACUUCAUAGUAAUUCCGUAGAUCUACAUGUGAUGCUGGGAUAACUUGAUUGUUAUUGUUAAAUUUAGUGAUGCUUAAAUAUAAAACAUGUAGUGUCAUUUUGGACUUACUGUAAACGUCUGCAUAGAGCUUUAUUGGGACAAAUCAAGAGGAUUUUACAGGGAAACCGGAAAUUAAUGAUAGAAUAGCUGAAUAAGCAUGCACAAGUCUGUGCCUACGCCCUAUAAAGUCCUUCUUGGGCACUUGAGAGUCAAAAAUAUUGUCUGAAGUAUAUUUUCAUUAUUAUUGUUGUUACUUUAAGUUCUACAGACUGUGGUUGUAAAUCAGUGAUUUCAUCUGGUCCCAGUGUCUUGCCAUCAUUAUAGAGUACAUGUACAAAUACUGAGUGUCUGUGUCAUAUGUUGCAUUUUGUUGUUGCCGGGUGAAAACAAACAAACAAAAAAAAUGUGUUCUUUACUACAGAAUUCAUAUUGAAUUUGCUUGUAGUGAAGCAUUUUUGAAGUCUUGCCAUCCUCAUGCACUCUGAUUUUAGAAUUAUUUUACCUUUCAAUGAUGGACGCAAAAUGUGCCCUAUUUUAUUUUUCUAUUGUAUUCAACAACUGUUUUCAUACAAUUACCCAGGAUUAUACAGUUAUCUACAUUAAUUUUAUAUUUGUUCUGUUAUAACCUAUUACUUUAUCAUUCGUAUGACUAUUGAAUCAAGCUAUACUGUAUUAAAUACAAACCAUGUCAACGUG